UCUCCCGUGCUGUGCUGCUCUCUGUCACUCUGCUCAGUUUACAGGCUCUGCUUUGCUCUCCGGUGCUGUGCUGCUCUCCUCUCCUCUCCUUUCCUCCUCUCCUUUCCUCCUCUCCUUUCUUGCUGCUCUUUUCUCUCCUCUUUCUCCAUAUCCUUUUCUUUGUUCUUUACUCUGUUCUGCUCCACUGGUUUGGAACGUAUGCACUGGGUGGACUGGCAGACUGGGAUACUGGGAUACCGCAGGUGGAGAGAGGGCUGGAUGCUCCAGGCGCUUGGAACUCAGCCAUCGGACCCUGUGGAUCUGUGGGGAGGGGAGGGGAGGGAGGGAUGAGGAAGAGUGGAAGGAGGGCACCCAGGUGAAGGAAGGGCUGAGCUGCCGGGGGACCAAGACGAAGGUGGUGGUCUGGUGUUAGGGGUCAUGCUCUGCCGGGAUUUGAGUUGUUCUAUUUGGCCGGAGACUCUGCUGCUUUGCCCCCUCCAAGGGGCUCUUUUCCUGGAAAAGCCGGCCGGGUGGAGCGGGAACCAUGAACCAGCAGCUGGAUGCUUCGCGGCCAAUGAACUGGACCAUUAGGAAACUGUGCGCUGCAGCCUUCCUACCAUCUGUACGCCUGCUCAAGGCACAGAAAUCGUGGAUCGAGAGAGCCUUCAACAAGAGAGAAUGUGUUCAUAUCAUAGUGAGCACCAAAGACCCCCAUAGGUGCUGUUGCGGCCGUCUGAUUGGUCAGCACGUUGGCCUGCCCCCCGGCAUCUCCUCCAGUCAGAAUGACAAGGCGGAGCGUCUGGCUAAGAAUGACAGCCUAUCAGAGAAAUGGUCAAUCAGCAAACACACCCAGCUCAGCCCCACCGACGCCUUCGGAACCAUUGAGUUCCAGGGAGGCGGCCACUCCAACAAAGCCAUGUACGUGCGUGUGUCCUACGACACCAAGCCAGACCUCUUGCUGCACCUGAUGACCAAGGAGUGGCAGCUGGACCUUCCCAAGCUGCUCAUCUCGGUGCAUGGGGGCCUGCAGAACUUUGAGCUGCAGCCCAAACUCAAACAGGUCUUUGGCAAGGGCCUCAUCAAGGCUGCAAUGACAACCGGAGCCUGGAUCUUCACCGGCGGGGUCAACACAGGGGUGAUCCGGCAUGUGGGUGAUGCGCUAAAGGACCAUGCCUCUAAAUCUCGGGGGAAGAUCUGUACUAUUGGCAUCGCCCCCUGGGGCAUCGUGGAGAACCAGGAGGACCUGGUGGGAAAAGACGUUGUCCGACCAUACCAGACCAUGUCCAACCCGCUGAGCAAGCUGACCGUGCUCAACAGCCUGCACUCCCACUUCAUCCUGGCCGAUAAUGGGACCACAGGGAAGUACGGUGCUGAGGUCAAACUCCGCAGACAGCUGGAGAAACACAUCUCACUGCAGAAGAUCAACACACGUAUUGGUCAGGGAGUGCCGGUGGUGGCUCUGAUAGUGGAGGGGGGUCCUAAUGUGAUCUCCAUCGUGUUGGAGUACCUGAGGGACACUCCGCCUGUCCCCGUGGUGGUGUGUGACGGGAGCGGGCGCGCCUCAGACAUCCUGGCAUUUGGACACAAGUAUUCAGAGGAGGGAGGGAUCAUAAAUGAGACUCUGAGGGACCAGUUGCUGGUGACCAUCCAGAAGACCUUCACGUACAGCCGGACCCAGGCCCAACACCUCUUCAUCAUCCUCAUGGAAUGCAUGAAGAAGAAGGAGCUGAUAACAGUUUUUCGGAUGGGGUCUGAGGGACACCAGGACAUUGACCUGGCCAUUCUCACUGCUCUGCUUAAAGGAGCCAACGCAUCGGCUCCUGACCAACUCAGCCUGGCCCUGGCCUGGAACCGAGUGGACAUCGCCCGCAGUCAGAUCUUCAUCUACGGACAGCAGUGGCCUGUGGGUUCUCUGGAGCAGUCUAUGCUGGAUGCCCUGGUGCUGGACAGAGUGGACUUCGUCAAGCUGCUGAUCGAGAACGGAGUGAGCAUGCAUCGCUUCCUCACACUCUCCAGACUGGAGGAGCUCUACAACACGAGGCAUGGACCAUCCAACACUCUAUACCACCUGGUCAGAGAUGUCAAAAAGGGUAACCUCCCACCAGAUUACCGCAUUAGUCUCAUUGACAUCGGAUUGGUCAUCGAGUACUUGAUGGGCGGCGCUUACCGAUGCAACUACACCAGGAAGAGGUUUAGAACGCUGUAUCAUAACCUCUUUGGACCCAAACGACCCAAAGCCCUGAAACUGCUGGGGAUGGAGGAUGACAUGCCGAUCCGGAGGGGUCGUCAGAAGACUACACGCAAGCGGGAGGAGGAGGUGGACAUUGACCUGGAUGACCCUGAGAUCAACCACUUCCACUUCCCCUUCCAUGAGUUGAUGGUGUGGGCUGUGCUGAUGAAGAGACAGAAGAUGGCGCUGUUCUUCUGGCAGCAUGGGGAGGAGGCCAUGGCUAAAGCCCUGGUGGCCUGUAAGCUGUGUAAGGCCAUGGCCCACGAGGCCUCCGAGAACGACAUGGUAGACGACAUCUCACAGGAGCUCAACCAUAACUCCAGUGAGUUUGGCCAGCUAGCUGUGGAGCUGCUGGACCAGUCUUACAAGCAGGACGAGCAGAUGGCCAUGAAGCUGCUAACCUAUGAGCUGAAGAACUGGAGUAACGCCACCUGCCUGCAGCUGGCUGUGGCCGCCAAGCACCGCGACUUCAUCGCCCACACCUGCAGCCAGAUGCUGCUCACCGACAUGUGGAUGGGACGCCUGCGCAUGCGCAAGAACUCUGGGCUAAAGGUGAUAUUGGGCCUGCUGCUGCCUCCGUCCAUCCUGAGUCUGGAGUUCAAGAACAAGGAUGAGAUGUCGUACAUGCCCCAGGACCAGGACACCUACCUGCAGGAGAAGGAGGAGGAGGAGCCUGAGAAGCCCGCCAAUGAGAAGGAGGAAGAGGACAUGGAGUUCACAGUAAGAUCCUACUGUGAGACGCAGUACAACUCCGUGGCCAUGCUGGGUAAGGUAAGGACGGAUGCGGCUCGUAAGAAGGGCGUGGGGGAGGUACAGAAUAGACACCGGCUCAUCCCCAUGGGCCGGAAGAUCUACGAGUUCUACAAUGCCCCCAUCGUCAAGUUCUGGUUUCACACAAUGGCCUAUGUGGCGUACCUGAUGCUGUUUAACUAUAUUGUUCUGGUGAAGAUGGACUUGUGGCCCUCACCGCAAGAGUGGAUCGUCAUCGCUUACAUCUUCACCAAUGGCAUCGAGAAGAUGAGAGAGAUUCUGAUGUCGGAGCCGGGGAAGCUGUUGCAGAAGGUGAAGGUGUGGCUCCAGGAGUACUGGAACAUCACGGACCUCAUGGCCAUCCUCAUCUUCUCCGUGGGCAUGGUGCUCCGCCUCCAGGAGCCGCCCCUCAUGAGUUACGGCCGGGUCAUCUACUGCGUCAACAUCAUCUAUUGGUACAUCCGGCUGCUCGACAUCUUUGGCGUCAACAAGUACCUGGGCCCCUAUGUCAUGAUGAUCGGCAAGAUGAUGAUUGACAUGAUGUACUUUGUGAUCAUCAUGCUGGUAGUGUUGAUGAGUUUCGGAGUGGCCAGGCAGGCCAUCCUGAAUCCCAAUGAGGACCCGUCCUGGAUGCUGGCUCGGAACAUCUUCUUCAUGCCUUACUGGAUGAUCUAUGGAGAAGUGUUCGCUGAUCAGAUCGACCCUCCGUGUGGUCAGAAUAUCACCACAGAGGACGGGCAUGUUGUGGCUCUGCCGCCCUGUAAGACGGGAGCCUGGAUCGUUCCUGCCAUCAUGGCCUGCUACCUUCUGGUGGCCAACAUCCUGCUGGUCAACCUGCUCAUCGCUGUUUUCAAUAACACCUUCUUUGAGGUGAAGUCCAUCUCCAACCAGGUGUGGAAGUUCCAGAGGUACCAGCUCAUCAUGACCUUCUACGAGCGGCCCAUCCUCCCCCCCCCCCUCAUCAUCUUCAGUCACAUGACCAUGGUCCUCAAGCACCUGUGCUGUCGCUGGCGGAAGCACGACGAUGAGGAGAGAGAUUAUGGCCUGAAGCUCUUCAUCACUGAAGAUGAGCUGAAGAAAGUGCAUGACUUUGAGGAGCAGUGCAUCGAGGAGUACUUCCGCGAGAAGGAUGACCGUUUCAACUCCUCAAAUGACGAGAGGAUCCGAGUGACGUCAGAGAGAGUGGAGAACAUGGCCAUGCGUCUGGAGGAGGUGAAUGAGAGAGAACACUUCAUGAAGUCAUCUCUGCAGACUGUGGACAUACGGCUGGCCCAGAUGGAGGAACUGAUUGGUCGGAUCGCUGUGGCUCUUGAGCGAGUCACGGGGGUGGAGCGGGGCGAGGUCAACAAGGCCCGCUCACGCACCUCAUCCGACUGCACAGACUCGGCCUACAUGCUGCGUCAGGGUGAGUGCCCAGAUGCGGCUUACAUCCUGCGCCAGAGCAGCUUCAACAGCCAAGAGGGGAACUCCUACCGGGUCAAUGAGGGUGCAGAGGGCUCCAUGUCACCACCCUCCCCCACCAGCCUGGCCACGCGCACACGCAGUCACUCCUUCUACGCGGGCGGAGGUCGUGAGCGAGCUGGGGCCGACAGGGCUGAAAGGGCAGACCGUUUCCUCAAGGAGCGCUCCUUCAGCCUGCACCGGGCCAAUAGCUCACAGUCGGUGGCCUCGGGUACCGCCCCCAAGGAGUCUAAGCCCCUCCCACUGGCCACGCUGUCCAUCUCCCAGCAGCACCGCCCCUCUUCCUGCAUCGACAUCUAUGUGUCGGCGUCCGAGGAGGCGGGGCCAGCCGAGGUCUUCUCGGACCCGCUGAGGAUGGCCCCUCCCCUCUGGCAUGACUCCUCGCUCCACUCUGAGAUUAUGGAGGCGGUGCUGUCGAGCGGGAGGGACUACGGUGGAGGCAGCGGUUUGGGCGACAGACACUCGGAGGGUGGGGCCGUGUUCGAGGACAGUGCGGCUGCAGACCUUUCGCUAUGCUCCGCCCAACUUCUCCCAGAAAACACCAUGCCACCCUGGGACCUGGACCCCUCUCCGCCCCCGUCAGCGGGACCGCUGGAGCGCUCCAAGAGCAGCCGCUACCUGUCCACUGGCGGCAGGGGCUACCUAGAAGAGACUCAGCUGGUCAAGUCUCACAGCCUCAUGUUUACCCCACGAGGCUGCUACGGAGGCCUAGGGGCAGGGGUUCAGGUCAAAGCGGCUGAGUACACCAGCAUCACUGACUGCAUAGACACCAGGUGUGUCUCCGCCCCUUACACCACCGCAGAGCGCUCCCACUCCCCCGGAGGCUCCACCUCAUUCCCCUUCAAUAAGCCCCCGGACAUGGGCUCCUCCUACCCAGAGCGCGAGGCCGAGCUCAGCCAUACAGAGUCAGACCCUGAAGACCCAGAGGACCUGGCCCCGGCCCCCGAACCCCAUCGCAUGGGGAGAGGCUUAAGAGGGGCGAGUGGGACCCCCUUCUGCUCGCCCUUUUUCAGGCUGGAACGAGCCAACAGCUGUUCCUCAGAUGACUCCUCCCACCCAUCAUUGGCCCCUCCUUCACACAGAAAAAGCCUGUCGGUCAGUGAGAGGAUGGAGAGGGGUGCAGACCGUGGGGGGCUGGGGGGACCCAGGAACCCCUUCCUGAGGAGCAAGUCUGGGGCGCGGCCCGACGCCAAGACAGACAGCCUCUCCAUGAGAAAGCUGACCACACACUCUGCGUACAGCAGCUUCGACAGCAGACACAACUACACGUGACAAUGAUGAAGGAAACAGGACAGGGACAGGGCACACUCUGUUAUACAGGACCAUAGGGCCGGCCAGGGGGAAAGGCAAGGGUCAUGGGGAGGGCUCCUACCAGUGUAAAACAAAGUGCUAUGAAGCUAGGGUAGUUCUUACCUCCUCCUGAAGCUGACUCUCGUUGUGUGUUUGGUGAUGGAGGUUAUGUGCCGUGUCUGUCUACCAUCUUUUUAGUAAAGUCAACACACUGUUACUGCAAUGCAACACGUCACAGAACACUAGUGUAGCCAAAAUAGAAAGUAUAAAAAUGAAAUCUCUGAUAGGACAGUUUAGUCAGAGUCUUUAGAAAAUAAUAAACUUGGCUACCUGACAAUAUAAGACUGGAGGUCAGUAUUGUCACCUCAACCCCAAAUUUCCUCAGGUUCUCCUCAAUUCCUCUUUGCCCUUAAACUGCCCAUACUCAUGGAUAUGACUCUAUGCUUCUGUGCUUCCACCACUGAAAUAGCACUCUUUCUUUCCAUCACUGAAAUAGCGGUCUUUCCACCACUGAAAUUGCACUCUGUCUUUCCACCACUGACAUAGCACUGCAUGCUAAAUCAGUAGCAGCAGUAGUAACCUUGUCCCCAGGGUAAUUGUCCAUAUCGCAUAUAAGCCUGAAACUCCAAUGACUCAAAUCUGGCCUAUGUGGUAGUAAAAAUAAAAAUAAAUGACAAACAUUUUUGAUCUUAGCAAAUUACAUGACUGGGAGUUGUGGCUCCGAAUCAGAAAACUUGUGGUGUGCUAGCAAGACGGAGGUGGGAAGUGUUCGGAGGGAGGUGAUUGAUUAGAAAUAAAGCCAAUGGCUAUGGAUUAGGACUUUUUCCUGAUCUUUCUAUUGGGUUAAUGAAGGCCACGUUUGAAGCUUUGGUCCACCAAACUACCCAAGCAGGCAUAAGCGACAUAAGCGGGCGCUUAGGGCCCCUGGCCGCUCGGGGGCCCCGACCCCCCAACAAAACUCAGUCUGGGAACUCAGGCGGCGUCUCAACCUACUGUUGAGAGUUAGAAUAGUAGAAUACACAAGGUGCAAGUUUGAAAUUUGGUUGUGCAUCAGCAGU